UGUGUGGAUCCGUGGGAGCCGAAGGUGCUCCGUGCAGGCAUGGGAGCUCAUUUCCGUCUGCCCAUCGUCGCCAACCUGGACUGGGAAUCUGUUCCCGGCAACCUUCCUGCCGGCGUCCAGGUCUGCGUGGCCGACAACAAAGACCCAGGCGCUCAGGCUGAGACCGCGUCCGUGUCGAGGGGAGCCGGCGGGGCUGCCUCUGCUCCUGGCAACCCGAAAGCUCCGGUGAAAUCCAAACCCAAGGCCGCUCCUGAGCGCGAGGAUGAGGAGGGAGCGGCGGGUGUCUGUGUCCCAGAGCUGGCUGCGCAGUAUUACUACGAGAACUGGACACAGACUCCAGUGGCAGUGGUGAUCGGCGGAGAGACUCAUGGUCUCAGUCCAGACGCGCUUCACCUCGCAGCCAGCACCGGGGGGAAGAGACUGGUCAUUCCUGUGGUGUCAGGCGUGGACAGCUUGAACUCCGCUAUCGCUGCUGGCAUUGUGCUCUUCGAGGGGAAGAGACAGUUGCUGCGGAGGCACGAGCAGGAAGACGAAAGGCAGAAGUUCCCUGUAGUGGGCUAAACUGCUGAGGUUUGGGUGCUGAAGAAGCAUCCCUUCCCUUUGGCAUGCUGUAGGGUUAAUAAAAGUGCAGCUCAGGC